GCAAGGAGGUUGGCGAGGCCUCAGGGGACUCCCAGUUCAGCGAAUCCGUUAGCCUUCCUCUACCUUAGUCACUUCCCCAUGAGGCACUCCGUGUUUGUGUACACGGUUAUUCCACGUGUCAGUCAGUUCAUCGGGCGCAUCUGGAGUCACUGAAAACAGUAAUAGGAGGUCAAACAAACCCGCUUGAUGCAAAAAUUCAGGAGGACAUUCGGUUUUUAAGGAAAUAGUGCUGAGGAAGGACCAGGCUGGAGCUCUUUGGACCCUGAGACUGGGAGGACAGACCAAUCUGAGGUCAGAGUUAGCAGCAGGAUACAUCCUGGUCCUCUCUUGCCCCUGAGAUCUCGCUGGGGCUGAUGGCACUGCCACUGCUAUGGUUGGGGCUACUUUCUCAUGUUUUGAUGGAAGUCAAGAAGAUACCAGUGGAAGAGGGGCUGUGCACUACAAUCCCUUGUGCAUUUGAAUUUCCCAAAGAACCCCCAAGCAAUUCCGUGAUCAUGCACUACUGGCUCAACAAAAACAUCAGCUCCCUGGUAGCUACAAAUAAACCCAAUGCUACCAUUCGUGAUAACACCAAGGACAAAUUUUACAUGACUGGGAAUCUUGAUGAAGAAGACUGUACCCUACUCAUCCACGAUAUACUCAAAGGGAACAGCAUAACAUAUUUAUUCUACGCAGAUCUAGGAGAACAAAAAAGUGCUUUCCUGGGGGAGAAUAUCAAACUCUUUGUGUCAGAGCUAACCCAAAAGCCAGAGCUCCACAUGCCAGAGAUUCUUUUGGCUGAGAAGACUGUGACCUUGAACUGUACCCUCAAAGGCACCUGCAAAGAAACCAAAGCCCUCUUCCACUCCCAGAAGAACCCAGCCAUCUCCAGCAGCUCCUCCUCGGUGCUGCACUUCACCCUGAGGCCUGAGGACCAUGGCAACACCCUUGGAUGUCACUUGAACUUAUCCCUAGCCAACGUGACCAGAAGUAACUUGGUCAAGCUCCAAGUGGUCUCACCUGCCAGGUUGUUCAAUUCCUCUUGUUCCUUGGAGAAGACAGUUCUGUGCAGCUGUUCCUUCCACGGGAUCCCCACGCCCUCCGUGCAGUGGUGGAUGGGAGGUGUCCCUGUGGCUGUGAACAGCAUGGAUAACAUCCUCCAGGUGACUUCUUCCACACGUGCCUCCUGGGCCAACAGCACCAUCAGCCUCAUUGGGGAGCCAGAAAUAGUCAUGAGACUUCACUGCGAGGGGAAGAACCAAUAUGGAAUUCACACUUCCAGCAUCUUCCUGAUACCAAGUAAGAAAUCAGUUUCCAGUGUGUUCGUGAAAGGAUUAAUCCAGGGCAUUGUAUAUGGAGCCAUUGCAUUCUCAUUGCUCUUCUUCUGCCUCGUCCUCUUGUCAAUGAAGAUGCUUACCUGGUGGGAGGAGCAUCAGAGUCCCAAGGCCAAAGAAGGCUUGCCCCUUAAGAAACCAGAGCUGCUGGAGGAAACAGAAGUACCCAAAAUGCCUGAAGCUGACACCCUACCAGACCGGGCUGGAGGAGGCUGGAAAUCCCAGGUCAAGGUGCCAGCAGCAGAGUUUCCUUCUGAGGUCUCUCACCUUGGCCCGUAGAUGCUGUCUUCUCCCUGUGUCCUCACAGGAUCAUCCCUCUGCGUGUGCCUGGGUCCUAAUUUCCUUCCGUUGUAAGGACACCAGUCAUUGAAUUCAGGCCCAUCAUGUGACAUCAUUUAACCUUAAUCACCGACGUUAAGACCUUGUCUCCAACACUGUCACGUUCUGAGUCACUGGGGGUUAGGAUGUCAACAUAUGAAUGAUGGCGGGUGGGUGGAUCCACACUUCCGCUCAUAGCAGAGGCUUGAGGAGGCUGCUUGGAUUCCCCCGUGUUGGGUACUUAGAGAGCGGAUUGGGCUUGUCCAAGGCAGCGGAGCAACCAAGUGUGGUUCUUCCAAAGUCUAGGGCUCUGGAGAGAAAGAAGAGUGUAGACUCCGAGAUGGAUCACGGCACGCGGCCCAGGACGUGGAAACCUGGCCCAGGCAGAGGUGCGACUCCAUCCCAGACUCCAGACCCAGAGGCCGAUGCCCGGCUCUCACCCAUUUCCUGGGGAAACAUGCCCCGGGGCCUCCCCAGCGCCAGCCCUCAUGUUAGCCAAUGUAGGGGACACGCCUAACACCUGACACCUGCCCAAGGAACACGCCACCCCAGCAGCCAGGCUGACAGGAGCAGAAACAAAACACACAGGGAUACACCAGGCGGGCAGCACCAGGAAACAGGCUGCUGCCACCACAGGGGCCGCUGUGAGCCCAGAGUGGAUCCAACCCAGCCUCAGCCUUCUUCAGAGAGAGAAACUGAAGCAUGCUCAGCACGAUGGGAAGUGGCUGAAACCCUGAAGAACCCCCAAGAGCACAUCCACGGGGACACUGGGAACCAUGAGGCCCCAGCCACUGCACAUCUGCAUUGCAAACAGGGAAACUGAGGCUCACCGUGCCUCGGGCCACACUGCAAGGCUGUGCGCUGCUCAGGACUCCGGAACCCGGGACCCUUGCCCCCCACUGCAGCAGCUGACCCUGUCCUGGACAUUUUCUCCUGACGAGGUUGCAAACUCAAAUGCUCACAGCCACCAGGCAGGGAACAAGAGGGGCACAGUUGGCCUAAUGGGGGCCGUGUCUGUCUUGAAAGCAGCUGCCCCUCCUGAAGGGGGCGGCUCACAGUGGCGCAACUCCCUCCAACUCCUCCCCACCCUCUCCCCACAGGUCAGGAACACGGGGAGACUACAGCUAGCUCUUCAUAUUUUUUUUGUUUGUCUUUUGAGGAGAAUCCAGAGAUCUC